CACUUCCUGCCUGUACCGGUGUAGACGGUGUGUGUCGUGGCCGCGGAUUCUGCGGUUCUCCCCCUCCCCUACUCUCCUCCCUCCCUCCCUUUCCCUCCCUCGACGGCGGUCGGUCGUCCGUCGCAGACUCCCUGACCCGUCCCUAACCCCUUUCUGACCUCGGGCCCACCGGAUUGGCCUUUUCCCGUUUCCCGGCCCAACCCCAGAGUCAGGGCGGGGGCCUUGAGGAGGCGGAGGCGGUGCCACGGAGGAGAGAAAAGACCAGACGACCCUCGGCUCCCCCGCCGGAUCGCACGGCUCGCAGCCGCCAUGGCGAUGAGGCAGACGCCGCUCACCUGCUCGGGCCACACGCGGCCCGUGGUGGAUCUGGCCUUCAGUGGCAUCACGCCUUACGGCUAUUUCCUGAUCAGCGCUUGCAAAGAUGGUAAACCUAUGCUACGCCAGGGAGAUACAGGAGACUGGAUUGGAACAUUUUUGGGUCAUAAGGGUGCUGUUUGGGGUGCAACACUAAAUAAGGACGCCACCAAAGCAGCUACAGCAGCUGCAGAUUUCACAGCCAAAGUGUGGGAUGCUGUCUCAGGAGAUGAAUUGAUGACCCUGGCUCAUAAACACAUUGUCAAGACUGUGGAUUUUACGCAGGAUAGUAAUUACUUGUUAACCGGGGGACAGGAUAAACUGUUACGCAUAUAUGACUUGAACAAACCUGAAGCAGACCCUAAGGAAAUCAGUGGUCAUACCUCUGGUAUUAAAAAGGCUCUAUGGUGCAGUGAGGAUAAACAGAUCCUUUCAGCUGAUGAUAAAACUGUUCGCCUUUGGGAUCAUGCUACUAUGACAGAAGUGAAAUCUCUAAAUUUUAAUAUGUCUGUUAGCAGUAUGGAAUAUAUUCCUGAGGGAGAGAUAUUGGUAAUAACUUAUGGACGAUCUAUUGCUUUUCAUAGUGCAGUAAGUUUGGACCCAAUUAAGUCUUUUGAAGCUCCUGCAACCAUCAAUUCUGCAUCUCUUCAUCCUGAGAAAGAAUUUCUUGUUGCAGGGGGUGAAGAUUUUAAACUUUAUAAGUAUGAUUAUAAUAGUGGAGAAGAAUUAGAAUCCUACAAAGGACACUUUGGUCCCAUUCACUGUGUGAGGUUUAGUCCUGAUGGAGAACUCUAUGCUAGUGGUUCUGAAGAUGGAACAUUGAGACUAUGGCAGACUGUGGUAGGAAAAACAUACGGCCUUUGGAAGUGUGUGCUUCCUGAAGAAGAUAGUGGUGAGCUGGCAAAGCCAAAGAUCAGUUUUCCAGAGACAGCGGAAGAGGAGCUAGAAGAAAUUGCUUCAGAGAAUUCAGAUUCCAUCUAUAGUUCAACUCCUGAGGUUAAGGCCUGAGCAUCAGGCAGAUGUACACAACUUAUGGACUAAAACAAACAGAGAAAAGCAUCAGCCUCCAGAGUUACUCUCUGCUUAAGGCAAACAUGAGCAGUAAAUAAUGAGGAAUAUGAAUUAGCUCCAGUGCUGGAACUAACCAACUUGGUGAUACCUGUAAGUGAAAACACAAGAGUAUCAGCUGAAGGCGGAUGGAGUGAUACUCUUGUAGUACGAUAGUCUGUUGUCUUUUUCAUGAAUAUGUGCAAACCAACAUCCAAUUUCUCUUACUACAGGUAGAUUUCUUGUAGCUGUUUAUGUUAUUAUGAAGAGGGAAAAUAUAUUGGCCUAUUUUUCUGACUUUUCCCUUAAAGCAGAAAGCCAUUUUUUUUUUGCUUUAGUUAUAAAGAAGAGGGGGAAUACAUGAUAAAGUAACUGGUUUGAUUUCUCUUUCAUUGUACACUGCUUCUGAACAUCUAAUUGUUUUUAGUUGUCUAAAUAAAAUGCCUCUAAAACAAAA